UACGGCCCUGCUGCGCGGUGCAUGCCGGGAAAACGAAGUCCUCUUCCUGUUGUGCCAUCUUGGUUUCCUCCUUGGGAGGCUGGGGGAUCUGGAUGGCGGCGAUGAAGCCCGUCCCGCUUGCGGCGCGCUGCCUCUCGAAAAGGUUUUAUUCUCUCAAAAGUGCGCCAAAAGCAGAUGCCUUUUCCGCAGCAGAACGGGCAAAAGUUCAGCUACAUCCUCAGGAUCUUGAGAUCACAAAACUACCAAAUGGCUUGAUCAUUGCCUCUCUGGAGAAUUACUCUCCUGUCUCAAGAAUUGGGGUUUUCAUCAAAGCAGGCAGCAGGUAUGAGACCACUGCCAACUUGGGAAUAACACAUCUGCUCCGUCUUUCCUCCAACCUGACCACAAAAGGAGCUUCGGCCUUCAGGAUAACUCGGGGCAUCGAAGCAGUUGGCAGCAACCUAAGCGUGGCCUCUACCCGGGAGAACAUGGUCUACUCGGUUGAAUGCCUGUGUGACUAUGUCGAUACCAUUAUGGAGUAUUUAAUAAACGUCACCACGGCGCCAGAAUUUAGACGUUGGGAAGUGUCUGAAGCUCAGCCGCAGCUAAGGGUCGAUAAGGCCAUUGCCUUUCAGAACCCACAAGUUUGUGUUCUCGAAAACUUGCAUGCGGCGGCGUAUCGGAAUUCCCUUGCCAAUUCCUUGUACUGUCCGAACUACAUGGUUGGGAAAUUUACAUCGGAACAGCUGCAUAAUUUUGUACAGAGCAACUUCACAAGUGCUAGGAUGGCUUUGGUCGGUCUAGGAGUCAGCCACGCUGACCUAAAGCAAGUUGGGGAGCAGUUUCUCAAUAUCAGGCGGGGCGGAUCACGCCCGAUGAAGGCGAGACUAUAUCGCGGAGGUGAAAUCCGAGACCAGAACGGCGACAGCCUGGUCCACGCGGUUGUAGUAGCAGAGGGAGCGACCAUGGGAAGUGCCGAGGCAAACGCCUUCAGCGUCCUUCAGCAUGUCCUUGGAGCGGGGCCUCUUGUUAAGAGAGGAAGUGGCAUUACCAAUAAGCUCAUCCAGGGGGCUGCAAAGGCAACAACUCAGCCAUUUGAUGCAUCAGCAUUCAACGUUAAUUACAGUGAUUCAGGACUGUUUGGCAUUUAUGCCGUAUCCCAGCCAUCAGCUGCUGGAGAGGUAAUCAAGGCUUCUUUGAACCAAGUGAAGGCAAUUGCUCAGGGAGGACUCACUGAAGAAGAGGUCAGAACAGCCAAAAACCAGCUGAAGGCAGCUCUCUUGAUGUCGGUCGAGUCCUCCGAUGGCUUGCUGGAGGAAAUCGGCUGUCAGGCACUGGCGUCUGGGGCGUACGCGUCACCUGCAGCUGUGGUGGAAAAGAUUGAUGCUGUCACCACUGCUGACAUUGUGAAUGCCGCAAAGAAGUUUGUUAGUGGGAAGAAGUCAAUGGCAGCCAGCGGGGGCUUGGCAAACACCCCCUUUGUUGAUGAGCUGUAGGAAGCCAGAGGCCGGCCGAGAGGAAGAAGCAGGUCAGACCCGGCUCCGAGGCAAUUACAUUAGAAUCGCUGUACUCAACCUUCAGUCUCUUAUUUAUGGUUCUAAUGCUGGGGGCCUGCAAGCUACCCUGCCUAUUUACAUACACUGAAUAAAACAUAGAGUACAUAUUUCUUUA